AUGCACGUCCCGAAGGAAGAGGAUGGUAACAACUUUGGUGUGGCCGUGCAGGGGCAAUUCUACUCAAAGCUCUCCAAGUACCUCAAGUGGUGCGAUGCCAUUCAAGAUGAGGGGAAGUCGUAUCAUCAUUCCAGGGCAGAUAUUUUACGUCGAAUGGAACUGGACGAAAAACUGGAGUUUCGCGAGACUGUCUGCGAGAAGGAGGAUAAGGUCACGAAGUCUAAGGCGACUAAGACCGUCGCCAACGUGCCGCAUAUGGGAGAUUUAACCUGUUACCUUGCCCGACAUGAUGCUCUCCAAUACUUCACGUUGAAGAACAUAAUGCAAGGCUUAAUCAGCAUGUAA